AUGGCCCUUCUCUGGGUUGUCCUUGGCUUCCUCCUCUUUGGCAGCAGCUUUGGCUGCGGGGUUCCUGCCAUCUACCCUGAGCUCAGUGGCCUGUCCAGGAUCGUCAAUGGGGAGGACGCUGUCCCCAGCUCUUGGCCCUGGCAGGUGUCCCUGCAGACCCGCUCUGGCUUCCACUUCUGCGGGGGCUCCCUCAUCAGCCAGCGCUGGGUGGUCACCGCCGCCCACUGUGGGGUCAGGAAGAGCCAUCGCGUGGUGGCCGGGGCAUCUGAUCUCGGCUCUGACGAGGAGGCUGUCCAGGUGCUGAGGAUCGCUGAGGUAGAGCCAGGGGGGCGGGCCGAGGAGGCUCCCUGGGGUGGGCUGGGUGGGAAGAGGGGCCCUGACCCCACCCCCUCUGUCCCUCCAGCCAACAAGACCCCCGACAGGCUGCAGCAGGCGGUCCUGCCCCUCCUGUCCAACGCCGAAUGCAAGAAGUACUGGGGCACCAAGAUCGCCAACGUGAUGAUCUGCGCUGGCGCCAGCGGCGUCGCCUCCUGCAUGGGCGACUCUGGCGGCCCUCUGGUCUGCCAGAAGGAUGGAGCCUGGACCCUGGUAGGCAUCGUGUCCUGGGGCAGUGGCCGGUGUCUCCCAUUCUCACCAGGCGUGUACGCCAGGGUCACUGAGUUUAUUCCCUGGGUUCGAGAGGUUAUGGAGACCACCUGAGCUCCUGCUCCCCGCCCCCGGUCUGUCUAAAACCCAAAUAAACCCACUGAGAGCAACUGCUUGCGUCUUCACUUCUGUCUUUGCCAGGGUGGGUGAAGGGUGGGAGAUGGCGGCCUUCACUGGGGUCCCCUCUGCAGAGUUCAGAGCAUAGAGGGCUAGCAGAUCACCCAGCCCUACUCUCUUCUUCAUAGAGAUAGGGAAACUGAGGCCCAAGUUCACAUGCAGAAUGGUCAGAGCUGGGAGCAGCACCUCCUGAUUCCGAGGGCUCUCACCUCACCGAGGGUGCCAGACAUACCUCCAGAGGUCCAGGGAGGGCACACUGACCCAGGGCAAGGGCCCCUCUGGGGCCCCAUCUCCCAAUUUGGAGGCCAAGUCCAUGUGUAAUUCAAAUAAGACAUUUUAGAAGUUCCACAGGCUGAAAUUAUGAGCUUCCUUCUAAGAGCCAAGUUCUGGAUAAAGUCUGUGAAAGUGAGUUGUUCUGUGGAAUCAUGUAGCCACCAGCAGUGCCCUCAGCCGUGAGCUCUCUGCCUUGGGAUGUGGGGGGCCCCAGCAGGGCUCACCCCGCUCCUGUCCCCACACCUGCCCUCACUCUGGCCACCUGCUCUGGGACUGUGCUGGCUUUGCAUCAGACCUCGAAGCCCAGGUCGAUCCCAGCCCUCCCCGAGCCCAGGCUCCCCAGGUCUUGCGGCCAUUUGCAGACCUCGCCCUCACCUUGCUGAAGACAUUCCAGCCUCAACUCCCAGACCCAGACAUUUCCUGGGGCCUUGGUUUUCUUCUGACGGGACCACUUUUUCUUCACCCUCCCAAGAGGCCGCCCAGAGCCUCACCACGGAUCCCCUCCAUCCACCACUCCUA